AUGGUGGCAAGUUUUGUGCUCAGCAUUCUAAAUAUAGCGGCGAUAGUCACCGGAGAAGAGUUUUCCAAUAUUCAUGAUACUGAAAUAGAUCGAUUCUUGAAGAAAAUUAACAAACCCGCUCUUAAAUCCAUCAAGAGUCCAAAUGGAGAUAUAAUUUGUGUUCAUAUGAAAAAUCAUCCAAUUUAUGAUCAUCCUUUAUUCAAAAAUCAUACUAUUCAGAUGAAACCAAGUUCUUAUUUUAAAAGAUGGAAUAAUGAAUCUUCAAAGGCGUUGAAGAAGAGUAUAGUGACUCAAAUGUGGACAAUAUAUGGAGAAUGCCCAAAUAAUAGUAUUCCGAUCAGAAGAACGAAAAAAGAAGAUAUUUUACGAACAGGAUCAUUAGAAAAAUAUCUGAAAAAAUAUCCCAACAACAUUCUUCGACUUAAUCAAGCUAAUCCUAUUGAUAACUACACACAUGAGUAUGCCAUACUUAGAUUAAAUGGUAACUUUCAUGGAGCCCAAGCGGUUAUAAAUGUGUGGAAGCCUUAUCUACAAACUCCAAGAGAAUUUAGCCUAACACAAACCUGGCUUCUGGCGGGCCCUUAUGGUGAAACUAACACCAUAGAAUUUGGUUGGCAGGCAUACCCACAACGUUAUGGUGAUGACAAUCCUAGAUUGUUUAUUUAUUGGACUGCGGAUAUGUACAACCAAACAGGCUGCUAUAACCUUGAGUGCCCAGGUUUUGUUCCUGUCAACCGAGCAUUUGCCUUAGGGGAACCAGUUACUCCUGUUUCUACCAUGAAUGGACAACAGUAUCAUAUUCCAAUGGCUGUAUGGAAGGAUCCCCGCUCAGGAAACUGGUGGUUGAAAGUCGAUAACCAUAUAUUUGUUGGGUAUUGGCCUUCUACUUUGUUCAAUCAUCUACGAAAUGGUGUUACCGAAAUUCAGUGGGGAGGCGAAAUAAUAAAUCUUAAAGAAAAUUCACAACACACAACGACAACAAUGGGGAGUGGCCAUUUUGCAAGGGAGGGAUAUGGAAGAGCUAGUUAUUUUAGAAAUCUUCAAAUAUUUGAUGAAAAUGGUAUUUGGAAACCAAUUAAUGGAGGUUAUCCCCACAUGACAAAUAAGAACUGUUACGAUAUAAAAACUGGCUAUGAGAAGAUUAUCUGGGGGAAUUACUUUUAUUAUGGUGGUCCUGGUCGAAAUCAGUUAUGUAUAUGA